AUGUGUCCUGUCAUGUCCUGGCUGCUCUGCUUGUGCCUCUGGGUCAGCGUGACUGUCAUUCAGCAGUGUCAGGCCACUUUCUAUGACACCAUCCAACAGCAUCAUGGGACGCGGCCUGGACGAACCACCAUUCACAUGAUUGAGGGGGGCACAUGUGAAGUAAUUGCGGCUCACAGAUGCUGUAAUAAGAAUCGUAUUGAGGAACGGUCACAGACAGUCAAGUGUUCUUGUCUUCCCGGGAAGGUGGCUGGAACCACCAGAAAUAGACCUUCAUGUGUUGAUGCAUCCAUAGUAAUUGGCAAGUGGUGGUGUGAGAUGGAGCCUUGCCUGGAGGGGGAGGAAUGCAAGACGCUUCCUGACAACUCAGGCUGGAUGUGCUACGCCGGCAACAAGAUCAAAACCACAAGGAACACUCAGCCAUACACAACAUCAACAUAUUAA